CGCUGCUGCCGACACACCGAACAACCUUCUACUCUUGUUUGUAACAAACACAUUCCGGAUUAUAUUUUAUGGAUUUAUAAAUGCACAUUUCACGGAUUGCACCAAGGCCUGGGAAGUGUUAUUCAAAAAGAGAUUGGAUUUUAGAAGUUUCCUCCAGCAGGGAACUGGAUUAAUGUCUUAAUGCAACUGUUUUGGAAAGAGACUAAGGGCAUCUUGACGAAGACUCCAAAUAAAACUUGUUACGGUGACAACCCGUUCUCGCCGGGCACAGUAGGUGUUUCGGCUUCUCUCGGCUCCACCGGGGAGAUGUUUCAGGGGUUCCCCGGAGACCCCGACACCGGCUCCCGUGGAAGCUCAUCUCCUUCUCUUGAAUCUCAGUACCUGUCGUCCGUGGAAUCCUUCGGGAGUCCGCCCACCACUAGCGCACCGCAAGAGUGUGUAUCAACCACUGGCGUGGUAGGGGUGGGUGGAGGGUCGACCGGCACCGGGGCAGGGGUGGACAUGCCCAGCUCAUUUGUGCCCACAGUGACGGCCAUCACCACCAGCCAGGAUCUGCAGUGGAUGGUGCAGCCCACUCUCAUCUCCUCCGUUGCACCAGGGCAAAGCGGCACAGGCUCCAGCACCAUGACGCAGCCUGUUGCUUUGGAUCCUUAUGACCUGCCAGGCACAAGCUUUUCAUCUGGUGGAGGCUUCACCCCACCAAGCUCCGAUACUCCUGGCCCAGUGAGACAAUCUCGGAGCCGUCGCCGUGCACGGGAUGAAACACUGACAGCUGAGGAGGAGGAGAAGAGACGUGUUAGACGAGAGAGAAAUAAACUGGCUGCCGCUAAGUGUAGGAACCGACGGCGUGAGCUCACAGACAGGUUACAGUCGGAGACAGACAUUUUGGAGGAGGAGAAGGCCGAGCUUGAGGCUGAAAUAUCGGAGCUGCAAAAGGAGAAGGAGCGCCUGGAGUUCGUCCUGGUCGCCCACCAACCCGGUUGCAAAAUUCCCUAUCACCAGGACCAGCCCCCCGCGCCGCUGCCGCUCCCACUGCCACUGCCACUGCCGCAGACGUCCCAGCAGAUGCCUUCUGUCUCCGUGGUGGGUUUGACUGUGAAGGAGGACACUUUCUACCUGCCGCCUGCCUACUCGUCCCACCACCACCACCACGUCCCGGUUUCACAGCCCACGCAGACACAGCCGGCCCCAGCACAACAGCAGCAAGGGAUGAUGCAGGAGGUAGCCUUUUCUAGUUCUUUCUAUGGGCAGGGCCAGCCGGCGCCGGACGGCCCGUGCCUUGUUGCCGACGGUGGCGGUAACCCUGACGCCGGCAGCUACAUCCCCUCAUACACAUCUUCAUUUGUGUUCACCUACCCAGAGGGAGCCUGCGGUGCCAGCGCUAACCAGCGAACCAGCAGUAGCGAUCAGUCCUCUGAUUCCCUGAACUCACCCUCGCUUCUUGCACUUUGAGAGCUCUGCUUCUCUCUGCCUCUGCUUGCCUUUUGACAGCAACACAUGCACACAUACAAAUUCAGACAUUAGGUAUAACAUCAGACGUUGUACUGAUGUUUUAGAUUAAAGCCUUUCGAUUUGAAACCGAGGCCCAGAUGCGUUAGCGUCUGAGUGACUUCAUCAAAUGAUGUAAGUGUAUAUUAAUUCACAAUGAAUUCAGGCUUAAUAUCAAGAUGAGUCAGUAGCCCAUGCACACACACAUACACACUUAAAUUGUCAUAGACAUUCAAAUCCGUUUGACGUAACAAUAAAAGCACAUCAGCGCACUCCCCCUUGCUUUGAUCUUUUCUCGUUCUGGCUUACAUUGGUGUAUCAUCUCCCUCCUUCUCUCUCUAUCCAUGCCAGGUGCCUGCUGUGUAUUUGUCUAAGCAAAAAAGGGGGCACAGAACUGCUUUGUGGGUUUGGUUUUUCGUUUCGGGCGUCCUUGCUACCCUUUCUUUCUCCAUCCAGUUCAUCCACACCUCUUCCUGUGACAAAAGGACAUGACCACACACUCUAUAGUACCUAUCUGUCUUUUUAUUUUCUCCCUCUGUUGUCCAUCUCCACAUCUGUUUCUCCUCUCUCCUGUCUCUAUGUACCUAUGGUUCUCUCUGAAGUCUUCGGCCCCUGAGAGCCCGUUGGACCCUGAAAACCCGUGGAACCUUGAGUGAGUGCCAGCCCACACUCCGACACCACAAAUACCCUUCGCACGGACCGGCCCACGGUGGAACCUCAAAACGAGCAGACAUUUCAAAAUACCAACCAGCUUCAGCACGCAGAUCAAAUGCCAUCUCAGAUGCCACCACACUGGCUAAAGGAACGGGACUCUUUAUUUCUCCUCAGCAUAUAGGAUUUGAUUUUGGAUGAGUGGAGGCACACUGGCUAGACUUUGGCAAGGCCAGCGGAGGAGUUUUGGAGAGCCCUUGUAAUGUGGAGGUAGGAGAUGGCGAGAGUAUUCACAAGACCAUGCUCUACCUGUCAUCUCCCGCUGGUCCCCUGAGAGCUUUCACAGUGUUCAACCUUUCCCCUUUCUCCAGGUGUUUGUUUGUUUGUUUCAUUCUGUGUUUCAAUGAUAGUAUUAACUCUGUUCUCAAAAGUGGCUUAUCUGAUGAUAACAUAAAAUGUGUUUGAAGAGCAUUUUAAUGAGCAACCAAAAAAAAAAAAAAAGGACAACCUCUUGGUUUUGGAUGAGUGGCCUCUGUGCUUCUAAAAGUCCUUGACAUAGUCCUUGAGUUGUGGAUGUGGUUAAGCACAGCUCUAGGCUUUGAUUGUGAAUGGAAGUCACAGAGUACUACAUCUCCAGUUGAUUUCUUUCUUUAAGGGGGUUGUUGUUGAUGAUUAAAAUGAAAAAAAAAAAGCACAAAUGCCAGCUGUGGACGGAAGGAACACGAAACGGUUGCCGACCUAAAGGACGGGAUGUGCUUCUGAAUAUGAACCGUUUACUUUCCUGUGAAUGUUUUUGAUGUUUUGAGUUACUGAUUUUUCAUGAUGCUUUUUCUCUUUUGCUCUUGAUUGUGCCGUUGCUGCCAAAUGGAAGAAUUUUGUGGGGCUGUUAGCUGCCCCUUCUAUCUGUUACUGUUGUCUUACUGCAGUUAUCACGGAUAUUGUUAUUAUGGUUAUUAUUAUUAUUUCAUAGUUAUCUCAUGUUGGCAACUAAAAAGGCAUGUGGUGCACUAUGAACAUUUUCUAUGGCUAAAACUAUAUAUAUAAAAUAUAUAUAAAUAUAUAUUAUGUAUGCAUACAUAUGUUUAGUGUAUAUAUAUAUAUAUAUAUAUAUAUAUAUAUAUAUAUAUAUAUAUAUAUAUAUAUAUAUAUAUAUAUAUAUAUAUAUAUAUAUAUAUACACAUACAAUGAUUAUAAUGUAAUGUUGAAAAUGUUAUUUUUGUCAAUGAAAAGAGAAGGGAGAGCUUGAUGCACUUGGUUUUGUUUUAAACAUAGAUAUUUUUCUAAAAGAACAAAAAAUACAUAUUAUAAUAAACAAUAACAGCACACCUUUUCAUUAAUAUGAAAAGCAUUGUCACUGCCUUUCAUUGUAAUAUGUAUGAUGACUGUAUUGAAACUGUGGUGCAUAUAGUGACAUAUGUAUCACAGAUUUGUGCUGUGCUUGAUUUGUCAAUGAGGUUGGUUCCACAGCCCUUGUUCAUCAACCCCUGUGGACAAAACACACUGGACACACGUAUCUAUAAAUGCUUCAAUAAAUCAAUAAAUAUGCUAAAGAAAAAAAAGACGAUAUGAAUUGAGUGUCUCAAUGUAUUCUAGAUGAACAUCUGAUAUUCAGCUGUGUUUCUCAAGCAGUGGAGUUGAAUUGAUUAACCAUGUCCAGUGUGUGCUGUCUGCCCUUUGGCUUUUAUGUGUGUGUGAUAUUCAUGGCUUGAUGGACAACUUUCAACCAGACCCUUAUUAAUUCAUGUUACGGACAUGAGCAGAAUAUUAUGCAUGUCGACGUCAUACACAGAAGGGAAGUAUUUUACAAUUAGAUGAGGUCUAUUGUUCUUAUUAACUUUGGCUUCAUUGUGUGGAGUAUUUGAUGGGGUGGAAAUGAUCAUAUUUGUACAGUUGUUUAAAUCGAAAUGCCUUUAAAUUUAUAUACACAGGUGCACCGUUGUCUUGUUGGUUGAAUUUAAACCCAGAGCAUUAAAUUUUAAGCUGAAAAUGGAGACAUAUGCAUGAGCUCUUUCCAACAGAGCCAUUUGAUGAAAUUACGUUCUCAUUUGGCAUUUUAAACUGAAUUAAGGCAUCUCAAACAAUGACGUUCUGAUAUUAGAAACAGUCCCAUGCUCAAUUACAUUGAUAUCAAUUCAACAUUUCUUCAGAAUACUUCAUGGUGUGUCACAACAGUUUUAUGUUGUUUCAAUUUUUCAGCUGUUGGUGGUGCUUUUGUUACUCCUAAGCCAAAACCUUUUGUUACUGUAUCUGAUUCUGAUAGGAUAGCAUAAGGAGAUGUUGGUUAAAUGAUACAGUAUCAGUGACUCUGUGGUCUUCCACUUUGCAAAAACUCUUUGUUUAGACUGAGCUGCACAGUGGUGUUCUAGCUAUGAUCGUCCUGGGUAUUUUCAAAUUCACAGCACUUUCAGUAGACACAGUGGAAUGCAAUAUAUCAUAUACUUUAGGAGAAGCAUGUAGCAAAUCAACUGAAUCGUAUGACACAAGUUGCUCCUUAUGCUACAGUGGCACAGAAUUGAGACAAUUUGUUUUGUCUUUCCAGUUUACUUUACGUAUGAUUUACUCUGCUGAGACCUCAGUGAUGGGAUGGUUAUGCAUUAUUACGAUGUAAAAUGUUAGUAGCCUACCUCUCGGGCUUCAUUGUGAGCGUCAUUUGAUAGGUGAACUGUUUCACUUUCUAAUGCUCAUUUGAAGAUUGCCUUCAGUAUAAAAUGAGUGAAAUAUUAGCGAACUUAGACUAAUGUUACAAACCUCUUGUGCAAAAAACUGAAAAGAAAGAGGGCUGACCUGUUUCUUGUACGUUUUUUUUGCUUUGUUUGAAGGGAAAUGAAAGUUAGGUUUCAGAAAUGAUAUGGUGCUUUUUCAAUACUGUUUGUCUUUGUAUAUUCUUGAUGAAGAGCGCCGAUGAGAGAUUUGUCUGGGAGAUUUGAUGUUAUGAGUUUAGGACACUCCUGAUUUUAGAGUGCUUACCUUGCCAUGACUGCUCCAAGUUCUCAUACAGAACAGCAUACUUAAUACAUACUGAAGAACCCUUGUGAAUUAUAUAAUCUGCCGUUCUGCAUAAUUUCUCUUUUCUCCCUUUCUCCAUUUAAUUUCACUUUGUGCUAUUCUAGCCCUUUAAUGAAUGGGGAAGGACAUUUCAUAUUGUUACAUAAACUGUGAAAUCUUGGUGUACUGUCCUAUCUUAUAUCUUUGUAUGACGUCCAAUUUUUCUUGUAAAGGAAAUGUCUACAAAAUAAACAUAUACACAAAGCGUUA